UUACUUUUGGCGUUUAGCGCGCUUCUUGAACCUACUGGCACAGAUUGGUGCUAUUGGAUUUCGACUUCUCUACACACCAUCAGUUACAACCGCUCGAGGGGAUAUUUAAUAACUGAGUGAAGUUCGUUCAACCUUCUAAUUAUACAUCUUACCUUCCGGUUUGCUGCAAGCGCGCUGAAAAACAAAAGUUAGAAUCUCACAAACUAUUAUUUUCAAUUGGAUGAAUAUUUGUAACCAAGGCAACUGUGCACAACAACAACAACACCACCACCACCACCACCAACUAUCCUACUCAAUUCAAUAUUUAUCUUUAUUAAAUGUAUCGUCGAUUAUUUCAAAGAAAACAUGAUUUAUCACCACGUAUAAUAUAUCCAAGUACAUUAAUACAAUAUGAUAAACAUAAUACUACUACUACUACUAUACAUUAUAAAUCUGCAUUGAAUUAUAUUAAAACAACUAAAUAUACAUUAUUAACAUUUAUACCAUAUAAUUUAUGGGAACAAUUACAUCGUUUUGCUAAUAUUUAUUUUAUAUUUAUAUUAAUAUUAAAUUUUAUACCAGAAAUUGAUGCAUUCGCUAAAGAGAUAGCACCAAUCCCAGUAUUAAUUACAUUAAUUAUAGUUGCUAUUAAAGAUGCCUAUGAAGAUUUUAGAAGAUAUUUAUUAGAUCGUAAAGUCAAUAAAAAACCAUGUGAAGUUUAUUCAGUACAAGAGAAACAGUACAUCAUUGAUCAAUGGCAAUAUCUUCGUCCAGGAGAUUUUGUUCGUUUACAUACUAAUGAUAUAAUUCCAGCUGAUAUUUUAUUAUUAGCUACAUCAAAUAGUACUGGGAUUUGUCAUAUUGAAACAUCAAAUUUAGACGGUGAAUCUAAUUUAAAACAACGUGAAAUUAUUUCUAACUUGUUGAAUAAAGAUGAAUUUUCACCAUUGACAUUUCUUUAUCCAAUUGAAGUAGAAGCUCCAAGUGCUGAAUUAUAUAAAUUCCAUGGGAAAAUUAUACUACCAGAAAUACGUAUUCCUAUUCACAAGAAUAAUAUGUUACUAAGAGGUUGUGUAUUACGUAAUACGGACUAUGUGAUAGGUAUUGUUAUUUAUGCAGGUUGUGAAACAAAGGCAGCUUUGAAUAAUUCUGGUGUUCGAUUCAAAAGAAGUAAACUGGAAAAACAAAUUAAUUUAGAUGUUAUAUGGUGUGUACUUAUUCUAGUUGUAGUCUGUGUCACUGGAGCUAUUGGUAGCGCUGUUUGGCAUCAGAAUUUACCAGGUGAUGAUGUAUUGUUCGUUGCACUUGACAGAAAUUCUUCAACUUCAACACCUGCUUAUCAAGGUUUUCUUAAUUUUUGGAGAUUUGUAAUCAUUUUUCAAACUAUUAUACCAUUACCAUUGUAUGUAACCAUUGAAUUUGUUAAAAUGCAUCAAGUAUGGCAUAUGAAUAAUGAUUUACAAUUAUAUGAUAGUAAUUUAGAUAGACGUAUUGAAAUACGUACAUUUAAUAUUCCUGAAGAUUUAGGUCAAAUUGAAUAUGUAUUCACUGAUAAAACAGGUACAUUAACAGAGAAUAAAAUGCAAUUUAAACGUGCCAGUAUUAAUGGAAAAGAUUAUUAUACAGAUGAUGGUGAUUAUCAUGAAAAUAACGAUCAAUUCAGUAAUCAUUCUUCACCAAAGCAUAUUGUAACAAAUUUAAAUACAUUACAGAGUAUAUUAGAGAAUAGAACAAUUUUUUCUUAUCAUCAAAAGACUAUCAAUAAUGAUAUGGAAUAUUCUGAUUAUAGUUCCAGGAAUUAUUAUUUCAAUACUGAUAAAGAAAUCAAUAAUAUUGAAUUUAUUACAAUACAACCAUCUAAUGAGAUACCAUCAACUAGUCAUAUUCAAAUGGAUCAUACUAAUACUUCAUCUUACUAUUUAUCUCAUUCUAUAUCAUCACCAUCAUUUCAACAAAACAAUAUAGAUAUUGAAAUCAAUCAUGAAAAUCAAUGGAAAAUCAAUGAAAAAUCUAAUAAUUUAUUUAAUGAAAAAUGUAAUUCUAUAGAAAACAAAUCAAAACCAUUAUAUAAUCAAGUUUUAUUAACUGAAGAAAUACGUAUUCAAGAUUUUUUCUUAGCUUUAGCUAUAUGUAAUACAACUGUAGUGUCUGUUACAAAGAAUACUCCAACAAUGUUUCAAGAACCACCUCCACGUCGUAAAGGAUUUCGUGAUUUCUUUCGUUCUGGUAAAUUCAAUUCAGUUACAUAUCUACAUCAGAAGUUACGCAAAACUAAACAGCAACAACAACAACAACAACAACAACAAAGUCAACCUAGUACACUAUUAGGUAAAUCUAACAUCAUAAUAAAAGAUAAAAUAGAUAAUAAUGAUAAUCAUCAUUUAUCACGAGUUAAACAAACAAUUAACUUAUCUAAUCUAUUUUCAAAUAAAUUACGUUCAACUAAAAUUGAUAAAACAAAUACUCAAUCAGACAAAUUGAAUGAUCAACAUCAUCAACAUCAACAUCAUCAUCAUGAUGAUCAUAAUAGUCCCAUAUCUUCUAAUCUCUUAGUUACUAACAAUAUAAAUCAUAACACUAUAAUUAAUCAUACUAAUCUUAUUAAUCAUGAAGAAAUUAGUCAAGAAACAUUUAUCAUGGAUGAUUCCAUUUCUACUAAAUUAGAUGAUAUAGAAAUACAAUCAAUAAAAACUAAUGAAAAUUAUCAUAGAAAUGAAAUCAAUCAAAUCGAUAAUAAUAAUAAUAAUAAUCAAUUAUUAAAAAUCAAUAAUAUCAAUAUUAAUUCAGCUAGAUUAUUUAAUGAAUUAAUGAAAGAUAAUUAUUAUAAAGAAUCUAUCUUAUAUUAUUAUUCAAGUCGUUGUUUACCACCAGUUAUUGAAGCAUUAAAUUUAGAUAUAAUAUUCAAAAAUUCUAAUCAUAUAUUAAAUAAUAAUAAUAAUAAUAAUAAUAAUAAUAAUAAUAAUAAUAUAUACAAAUGA